AUGAGGUUCCGCCUGAGCGAAGCGCUCACAUCGCCGAUUCUUAUUGAAGAGGAAGUAACGGCGCGGCGGUCGCUGCUGACUGAGCGCGCCGCUUAUUUGGAUAAUGACUCAUCUGCUUGCACGGCGGGCCCAGUGAGGUGCGUUCGCUUCUCUCAGGAGCCGGCCGACCAGUCUGUGGUCUUAGGUGAGCGAGUGGUCCUCUCCUGCGUGGUCUUCAACUACAGCGGCAUCGUCCAGUGGACCAAAGAUGGUUUGGCGCUUGGUGUCGGCGAGGGAUUACGAGCAUGGCCCCGUUACCGAGUACUUCGUGCUCUGGACACGGGCCAGUACAACUUGGAGAUCUCCCGUGCUGAACUGUCCGACGACUCGCUGUACGAGUGCCAGGCAACUGAGGCUGCCCUACGCUCCCGGAGAGCCAAGCUCAAUGUCCUCAUCCCACCCGAGGACCCUGUGGUGGAGGGAACCCCGGAGCUGUUGCUCAUGGCAGGCACGCCGCACAACCUCACCUGCAUUACUCGUGGUGCUAAGCCGGCUGCACAUAUCCAGUGGGUCAAAAACGGACUGCUUAUUGAAGGCGCCCACCAGUCCACGGAGGUGCUGCCGGACCGAAAGAGGGUGACCACCAGGAGUUACCUGCCGAUUGUGCCGCUGGACACCGACAGCCACAGCAACUACACAUGUGUGGCCAGCAAUCCGGCUGUGCCUAUGGGCAAGCGGGCCAAUGUCAUGCUCAAUGUGCACCAUCCACCAACGGUGACGUUGUCCAUUGAGCCUCGCUCAGUUCUGGAAGGGGAGAGAGUCACCUUCACCUGCCAGGCCACCGCCAAUCCGCCCAUCAUGGGCUUCAGAUGGGCGAAGGGUGGUGUGCUGCUUGAGGGUGCCAGAGAGAGCGUUUUUGCCACCACAGCAGACCACUCCUUCUUCACCGAACCUGUGUCCUGUCAAGUGUUCAACGCAGUGGGCAGCACCAACGUCAGCAUCCUGGUGGACGUACACUUCGGCCCCAUCUUAGUGGUAGAACCACGGCCCAUCGCAGUGGACGUUCACUCUGAUGUCACCCUGAAUUGCAAGUGGUCCGGAAACCCUCCUCUUACCCUCACCUGGACCAAGAAGGGCUCCAACAUGGUGCUUAGUAACAACAACCAGCUGUACCUGAAGUCGGUGAGCCAAGCGGACGCUGGCCAGUAUGUGUGCAAGGCCAUAGUGCCUCGCAUCGGUGUGGGUGAAACUGAAGUGACGCUCACGGUCAACGGGCCGCCCAUAAUCUCCAGCGAUCCAGUCCAGUACGCCGUCCGGGGAGAGCGAGGCGAGAUCAAGUGCUACAUCGCCAGCACCCCGCCCCCCGAUAAAAUUGUGUGGGCAUGGAAAGAGAAUGUGUGGGAGAAGGAGAAAGGCACACUGAUGGAGCGCUACACAGUAGAGCAGAGCAAGCCACCGUCGCAGGGUGGCGCCGUCCUCUCUACACUCACCAUCAACAACGUCAUGGAGUCUGACUUUCACUCUCCCUACAACUGCACAGCCUGGAACUCUUUUGGGCCCCGGACCAUGAUCAUUACUCUAGAGGAGACAGACAUCGUCCCGGUGGGCAUCAUUGCCGGGGGUACGGUGGGCUCAUCCAUUCUACUGCUCAUGCUGCUGCUGGCUCUAGCCUUCUUCCUGUACCGCCAACGCAAAAGCAGUCGUCGAGGAGUGACUCUGGGUAAAGCCGACAUCAAAGUAGAGACGGUCAACAAGGAGACACACAGUCUAGAAGAAGAGGCAGCCAACGUCUCUACGGCAACACGCAUGGUCAAGGCUAUGUACUCGCCCUUCAAAGACGACGUGGACCUCAAGCAGGAUGUGCGCAGCGAAGGCGACUCGCGCGAUGACUAUGAGCUCAAGGAUCCAACCAACGGCUACUACAACGUGCGAGCGACCACUCACGAUGAGGCACGCCCUCAAUCCCGCACCGUCCACUAUCAAGGAGACUUCCGCUCCCCGAAACCCAGUGGAGGGCCGGGCGGCGGCAGCGCUCUCAUUGCCGCCCCGACCACGGCCCCCGGUGGCGCCGUCCCACCCAGUGGGGUGCCAGGCUCCCGGGCCGGCUGCUAUGACCCUCGCCCCCCUUCUCGUAUGUCCCACUCCACCUACGCCCAGUUCAGCACCUUGUCUCGGGCGGCGGCUGCCCAGCAGGCAGCAACCAAUCCAGCCGGAGAUUACCCGGGGGAUUGCGGGUUGCUCGACGGCAGCACCCAACUAGCCUAUGAUAACUACGGAUACCCCUCGCAGUACCACGGCUACCGCGUGGCCUUUGCACCGCCAAUGGAAGAGGGCCCGGCCUACGAGAUGUACCCUACAGGACCAGGGAGCGGACCCGAGCAGCAGAGCCCUGAGGCGGGUCUUGGGAAGUACGACGCGGCCACUCGCUUUUCCUACUCGUCGCCCCCUUCUGACCAAUCACAAAGACACACGCAGAGGAUGCAGACUCACGUGUGA